AUGAAGUCCAGACGAGAUAAACUCAAGAUCCCUUCUUUGACUUUGGAUUUGUCACCCACUUGUCAAAGCCCCACACUCCUGAGUCCGUGCAGCCCAUGCAGCCCUUGCAGCCCCUUGCAAACACUUCAUCCCUGGAGCUGUCGCAGCAAUAACAGGAAGAGCCUCUGUGUCGGAACACCAUCACCCACUUUGUCCAGACCUCUCUCCCCUCUCUCUGUCCAUACAGCCGCAAGCAGCCCACUGGACAGCCCUCGAAAUGUGUCGACUGGUGCCUGCCUCAACUUUCCGUUUGCCCGAAGUCACUUGGCUCGUGCGGACAGAGCUGAGGGUCGUAGAUGGUCUCUGGCAUCCCUCCCUUCGUCAGGCUAUGGAACCAACCCGCCAAGCUCAACCGUUUCAUCUUCAUCAUCGUCCCAGGAGCGGCUUCAUCAACUUCCCUACCAGCCAACCCAAGAUGAGCUGCAUUUCCUUUUCAAACACUUCCGCAGCACAGACAGUAUAACCGACGAGGAUGGCCGGCCCACGACUGUCAUGCGUCCUCGCUCCCGGAGCCUGAGCCCUGGGCGAUCAAACGUCUCCUUUGACAAUGAGAUAGUCAUGAUGAACCAUGUUUACAGAGAACGAUUUCCAAAGGCAACAGCCCAGAUGGAGGAGAGAUUGUUGGAGAUUGUUACCCUCUGUUCUCCAGACAGCUCCCUCCCGCUGGCUGACGGGGUGUUGGGUUUCAUUCAGCAUCAAUUGGUCGAGUUGGUUCGUGACUGUCUGGAGAAGUCCCAGAAAGGUCUGGUUACAUCUCGCUACUUUGCUGAACUGCAGGAGAAGUUGGAAAAGCUGCUUCAUGAGGCCUACGAGCGUUCUGAAAGCGAGGAGGUGACAGUCAUCAUUCAGCUGGUGAGGAAAAUCCUGAUCAUCAUAUCUCGCCCGGCUCGCCUCCUCGAGUGUCUGGAGUUUGAUCCAGAAGAGUUCUACCAUUUGCUUGAGGCAGCAGAAGGUCAUGCUAAAGUCGGCCAGGGAAUCAAGUCGGACAUCCCUCGAUACAUCAUCAGUCAGUUGGGUUUGACGCGAGACCCUAUAGAGGACAUGGUGCAGCUUCAACAGUACGAUUGCAGUCCUUCUGUUUCUAUCGAGCAAGAUGUGGAGAAUAAAACCCAACAGGUGGUGACCCCAACACGGCGAAAACCACUUGAGAGUGAUUUUGAGACCAUUAAGCUCAUCAGUAAUGGAGCUUAUGGGGCUGUGUAUUUGGUCCGACACAAAGAGACUCACCAGCGGUUUGCCAUGAAAAAGAUUAAUCGGCAAAACCUUGUUUUGAGGAAUCAAAUUCAACAGGCAUUUGUGGAGAGAGACAUCUUGACUUUCGCUGAGAAUCCCUUUGUUGUGUCCAUGUUCUGUUCUUUUGAAACGAGACGCCACCUCUGCAUGGUCAUGGAGUAUGUGGAAGGUGGUGAUUGUGCCAAUUUGCUGAAGAAUAUGGGUCCACUACCUGUAGAAAUGACAAGGAUGUAUUUUGCCGAAACCGUCCUGGCCCUGGAGUACCUUCACAAUUACGGCAUAGUGCACCGAGACCUCAAACCUGACAAUUUGCUGAUUACAUCGAUGGGCCACAUUAAACUAACAGACUUUGGGCUGUCAAAAAUUGGUCUGAUGAACAUGACCACCAACCUUUAUGAGGGUCACAUGGAGAAAGAUACAAGAGAGUUCGUUGAUAAACAGGUGUGUGGCACUCCAGAGUAUAUUGCCCCAGAGGUGAUUCUCAGACAGGGAUACGGGAAGCCAGUAGACUGGUGGGCAAUGGGAAUCAUCCUCUAUGAGUUCCUGGUCGGCUGUGUUCCAUUUUUUGGCGAUACACCAGAGGAACUUUUUGGCCAAGUUGUCAGUGAUGAUAUAAUUUGGCCUGAAGGAGACGAUGCUUUACCAAUGGAUGCUCAGGACAUGAUUACCCAUCUCCUAAGGCAAAGUCCCCUAGAAAGACUGGGAACUGGUGGGGCCUCAGAGGUCAAACAGCACGCCUUCUUCGUGGGCUUGGACUGGAAUGGACUGUUACGACAAAAAGCUGAAUUCAUUCCUCAGCUUGAUGCAGAAGAUGAUACAAGCUAUUUUGACACACGAUCCGAGCGCUAUCAUCAUUUGGCAUCUGAUGAGGAUGAGGAAACCAAUGAUGAAGAGUCUUCCCUGGAAAUCAGGCAGUUUUCCUCCUGGUCACAUCGUUUCAGCAAGGUUUACAGCAGCACAGAACAUUUGGCUACACCGUCCAAUUUGAGCUUCUCAUCUGACCGUAGUCACAGUGAGGAAAAAGAGGACCGUGUAGAUGUUGGAGGGCUUAGUCCCUCUACAGGCACAACAGAGGGUGUCCUGGAGCCGAGACUUCCUGGGCGCAUGGCCAGCCUUUGCCCUCGGGCCUCACCCAACUCCUCCCAGUCUGAGAGGAGCACCAGUCCUCUGGUGAUGAGUAGCACGCACAGCCUGGAGAUGACGCCCCGUUUUGCUGUGUCCACAGAUGAUGAGGCUGAAGUAGUUGUUUCCAAACUUCGGAGGAUCAGAAUCCGUAGCAACAGCACGGGGGCCAAACACUCGUCUCCCAAAGAGCCGGCGGGCCCACGACGAUUCGGUAACCAACUGGAGACACCGGACAGACAGAGGCUUCCCUGUGGAGGCAAAGUUCCCAAGUCUGCCUCUGUCUCGGCGCUGUCUCUCAUCAUAACCUCGGAUGACUCCCCCAGCGGCCUCCAGCCCAGUCCCAUCUCCCCACGGUCACUGUCCUCCAACCCUUCCUCUCGUGACUCCUCCCCCAGUCGGGAUCUGUCUUUCAGCCCGGGUAGCUUGAAGCCACCCAUUAUCGUUCACACUUCAGGCAAGAAGUAUGGAUUCACAGUGCAGGCCAUCCGCGUCUACAUGGGUGACAGCGACGUCUACACGGUGCAUCAUAUGGUGUCGAGCGUGGAUGAGGGCAGUCCAGCCUACCAGGCAGGCCUACGUACUGGGGACCUCAUCACUCACGUGAAUGGAGAAUCCGUCCAGGGCCUGGUUCACCCGGAGAUGAUUGAGCUAUUGUUGAAGAGUGGUAGUAAGGUGGCACUCCAAACCAUAGCCCUUGAGAACACAUCCAUCAAAGUUGGUCCAUCUCGAAAGACCAAACACAAAGGAAAGAUGGCUCGUCGCAGCAAAAGGAGCAGGAGGAGAGAUAACUAUGAUAGGAGACGCAGCAUCUUGAAGAAGUUAUCCAAGCAGAGCACAGUCAUGCACAGCAGUCGCAGCUUCUCCUCAGGUCUCCACCACUCUGUUUCAUCCAGUGAGAGUCUUCCAGGUUCCCCAACUCAUAGUCUCUCUCCGGGCCCAUCUACACCCUGCCGAAGCCCUGCUCCUGAUCAUCAGGCCUUUGAUAACUCUCCUCAGAGCACGUCUCCUUGCUCUAGUUCUCCCAGUUCCCCUGCCGCACACAUCCGACCCAGUUCUCUCCACGGUUUGGGUUCCAAGCUCAGCACACAGCGUUACACCAAGGUCGGCCGCCGGAAGUCAACCAGCAACAUCCCGCCUUCACCUCUCGCCUGCUCCUCCUCCUCUGCACAACCGCUUUCUCCUCAGCGCUCCCCCUCACCGCUGCCGGGCUUUGCCAAAACGCUUCACCCCUUCCACGGCAAAACCUUGUCACCACCGACCAUUGUGAGACACAUUGUGCGCCCCCGCAGUGCAGAACCGCCUCGAUCUCCCCUCCUCAAGAGGGUUCAAUCGGCCGAGAAGCUAUCCGGAAUCUACCACAUUGAUAAGAAGUCAUACACCCCCCGCAGGCACACCUUGGAAGUGCCCUUUUACGGUGAAGGGGAGCUACUCGUUGACUCGGAAGCAGACGGUGGCUUAGCGGGCGCCCACCUGGGGGUCGACCACUCCAGACUUUGCAGCUACCUGGGCGGCCAGAGGAUGUGGGACUCCGGGCUGGAGCGAUCAGAGCAGCUGGUGGUGAUGCGAAAGCUUAACCUCUCGGAGCGCCGUGACUCCUUUAAAAAGCAGGAGGCGGUGCAGGAGGUCAGCUUUGACGAGCCCGAGGAGAAGACUAGCUCUACGGCCGUUCAACAAACGCAAACCCAGAAACAGCCACAGCACAGGACCGCUCGCCUGUCGGAGGCUCGUUCGCAAAACAGCGAGGAGGUGGAGCUACAGGUACCCACGGUUCGGAGGUUUACACUAGUGCCCCAGAUCGCAGUGCAGGGCUCGACGGAGAGCGAAGAACAGGACGAGUGGGAGCCAUGUUCAGACGGGGAGGACGCCCAACAGGAGCUCACUGUCACGUCCACUCAGCCGCAGCAACAAGUUGAUGUCCUUCACAUUCAGGGCCACAGUCAGAAAGAAGACUCAUCCAGUUCCACUCAUGUUGAAUCAUGUGCUGACAAGGUCCAGUGCACACAGGAGACGCCACAAAUAGCAAACAUCUCAAAGUGA